AUGUCGCCGAUUGAAUCUGAGGAACACCUAAGAGUACAAGAAUCCAGUAGAAGAUUGGGAAUUGGCAAUAGUACGGAUCGACAAGCACAGCAAUCAAGAUCCGAAAAACGAAAAUCAGAGGUUCUCAUCGCGGCUCAGUCUUUAGACUCAGAAUUGCAAAAUGUCAAGAAUCUCAAGCGAAUAUCGAUCGGCUCGCUAGAUAUGCUGAUAGAUCCGGAAAUGGAGUUUCGGGUCAGCCCCACAAAAUCACAAUCUUCACGAAGUGACGAAUCAUCUGUGGAGUCCAAAACAGAAUCGCCGGAAGACCUGGAGGGAGAUGGCCGAAUUUUGAGCAGUAGUGAUGAUGACGCAGACGAGGACUUUUCAUACAUAAAUGACGACAGCAUUGAUAUCACUAACACUGAAUAUCUGGAUAGUACCAGUGAUCUCGCUUUGAGCCAAAGUUCGCAGGAUGGGCGCACUCUUAGCGGUGUACGUCGAGGAGGACUAUCGAGAACCUCAAAAUUGCAUAAAUCAGGAUCAGGCGAUGACUCUGUGACGCAGAACCUAUUAUGGGUGCCCGCCAAUCAGCAUCCCAGUGUUAAACCUGAAAAUUUCUUGGAGCUUGUCCAAGAUACGUUGCAUACAUUAAAGGGAGACUCUGACAUAGGUGAAGAUCGCCGUGAUGAUAGACUGAUCUCGUCCCAAUCGAAUCUUGGCAUCACGCCAUCUUCUCAGCUACGUUCGGGAUCCAACGCAUUGGUGAGAAGGCCGUCUGGGCUUCGCAAAUCGUUCACUGAACUUGAAGAUUUGCUGCAGCAAGAGGUUGGUAAUGAAAGGGAUAAAAGAGAGCUUUCAGAGAGAAGGAUCAGUCCUUAUAGAGCAGCUUCAAAAUCGGCAUCCUUGAGAGAUCUUACCGAAGAACUGACGCGAAUUUCUAAUAGAGCUGGCUUUACAGAUAGCGAUGCAGUUUCUUUGGCUCGGACCCUUAGUAUGGUGAGCUCCAACGGCGAUCAAGAAACAAAUAGCAUUUCAGAAGAAUCCGGUAAACCGCAAGACAAUGAGUUCGCCUCUAGUAUGUUUAUGAAAAAUGGUCUGGCCAUUCCUGCGCGCUCUUCACUGAGACGGAGCAAAUUCAAUACCUAUAGGAUAAGGACUUCAAGUGGCGGUAAUGACAGCCACCGUUCAACAGAACUAGAUUCGACGAAAGGUGAAAUUAAGUCUCCACCUCGAACAGGUGGCAUUUCACCACAGUCACCAAAUUCCAUCAAUGAUUUUGACAACAUAUAUGACCAUUACAGACAAAGCAGCUUAGGCAGCUCGAUUGACUUUCAAUCACCCGAGAGACACGCGAAGCUAGACAAGGGAGCCACUCGUGAGGUGGGAGGGGAGCCCGUGAAAGCCUCUAGUUGCACUAAGGUAAAGGACUCGUCGAUCAAUCAAGAUCAAAUCCGGCGCUCGAAUGAUAGUUCAGUGCGUGAUAUUGAGACGCUGAAAACAGAUGAAGCGAAAUCUACUCGGGGCCAAACCUCCCGCAAGAAAGGCGGGUGGAACUGGUUCGUGAAGAAGACCUCCAAAGACCCCGAAAGCUCAAAAACAACAGGCAGAAAGCACUCAAAUGACUUUGUAAAUAUUGAGGAUAACGAUUUCAAGAACAAUGGCUGGGCCCUUGACAAAGGCAAUCAUUCUAGAUACAGGCAUCACAAAAUUGAUAGUGGCAUGGACAGAUCCAAAAUCAACGAGCCUAUAGAAACUGCAACCAAUACCUCACCCUCCAGGAAAGCUACUCGUGAGAAAAAAUUCAUACAGUUGUUUAAGCGAAACCGCUCAGCCUCGACGGGUAACAAAAGUACGAUAGGUACUCUUGAACCAUCUAAUGGCUUUGGUGGAAGGGCUCCCGAGGGGCUCAGAUCAAGGUCGUCUUCAGCUGACCUAACCAACAGUGGUGGGAAAACUAAGGAACAUGACAGAGUCUCAGUGAGAGAUGGCGAUCUGCCAUUAAAAGGCGGUGCUUCCUCUAUGACUCCUCACGAAAAUCUCAAGGAGGACACGAGCAAGCCUCUCACCAAACUCCAACCUUCCGUGAAUGUGACUUCAAAGACGAAGCCGGUGCUGCGGACAGAACAUAAAGAAUCUUCACAAAUCGAUAAACAAGUUCUGCCCGCUCAUGGUACAGAAGAUCAAAACAGAGGAUUUCUGGACUCUGAUCUCGAAUCCAAAUUCGAUCAUGACAAUGUCAAAGUCAUUCACUCGAGCGGCAACGCUGAUACCAGAACAGAGGCUCCUGAUGCUACUCGGAAAUCCACUGCUGUAGAAACAUCCCCAUCCGAAGCUGAUCAUGGUGCUACUGCAAAUGUUAAAGCUCGAGAAGAGCGUGUGACAGCAGAGGACACAACAAUAGCAGUCUCCGAAGUGAACGAAAAUGUCAUGCAGUCAAACAUCGCUGUGCCGGCUGCGGGAGGAGUGUCCUUGCCUCCCAGAAGACUUACAUUCGAAGACGUCGUCAAACCAACACGCCCAAACGCAUCCAUGGUAUUUAGUGACAGUUCUUUUGGAUUUCCACUUCCACCUCUAACAACUUCUACGGUCGUCAUGAUAGACCAAAGAUUACCAAUCAAUGUGGAGAGAGCAAUAUACCGUCUCAGCCAUUUGAAGUUGGGCGAUCCCAAGCGUGAGUUGCGGCAGCAGGUAGCCCUGAGCAAUUUCAUGUAUGCAUAUUUGAAUCUGGUGAACCACAGCCUGUACCUACAACAGUUGGAAGGAGAAACGUCGGAAAGUGUUGAAGUUUGA